AUGGAACAGAACGAAUCUGCCGGGUCGUUGAGUUGGCGUCUCAGCUCACAUCCUAUUACUUUGUUGUGUUUCCUAGGAUUUCGCAUUUCAAGUCUCCUAGUAUACCUCUUCGGAAUGCUCUUCAUUAAAAACUUUGUCAUGAUCUUCAUAAUAACCAUCUUGCUCCUCGCUGCCGAUUUUUACUACCUAAAGAAUAUCGCCGGUCGUCGCCUCGUUGGAUUGCGUUGGUGGAAUGAAGUAGACCCUGCAUCUGGUGAUUCGCAUUGGGUCUUUGAAUCCUCGGAUCCAAAUACGAAAAUCAUAAACCCUACGGAUAGCAGAUUCUUCUGGCUUGCACUUUAUUCGCAACCAUUGUUAUGGGUUGGAUUAGCCUUUGUGGCCAUUUUUAGGUUUGAGUUUAUUUGGUUGACGUUGAUCGUGAUUGCAUUGAGUUUGACAGUUACGAAUACUUUGGCGUUCUCGAGAUGUGAUAAGUUUGGACAAGCAUCGAAUUUGGCGGGCAGUGCUAUGUAUUCUUCAGGAAUUGCGGGAAAUAUUGCAAGCGCUACGAUUGGAAGAUUCUUCUCGAGAUGAGUAUCCAAGAUAUACUAUGGGAGGAAGAGAGACCCGAAGAAAAGUGAUAGCAAGACAUAUAAGAACUCAGGGGCUAUGAUACCAGAAUGAAUGAAGCCUGAGAACCUUGCUCCGUUAUUUUGACACAACGGGAUUUGCCACGCGGUGCCUGGAGUCAAUAUUGUUAUACAAGUGUUGUUAGGUGCGAAUGUUGCAAGGGCGGCGUUCAAACAUAGAGGCGUUAGUAUCUGAAGGGCUUUCUUGUUCAAUGUGAACAAGAGCUAAAUUAUCACUAGCAAAUGCUCGUACCAAAUAAAAUUCCAUCAAAAGUGACA